AUGGCGAAUCAAUCCACCUCGCCCCUCCAAAAGACCUACUUCUCUCCUAACAGAUUUUAUGAUGGCUCAAAUACUACCGGCGGCUUGCUUUCAUCAAUCGCAUCCUCAAAUGCCAAUCCCCAGUCCAAUUCCUCCAACUCGCAGCCCCCGAAUACCUCCGCAACUCCGAACAGUACGCCCGAGUCAGCUACUCCAAUUGCGCCGGAAUCUGCCCAAAGUGAACUGCCACACCGACGGAGGAAACGCUUGAAGGAGGAGUCUAAUAGCGCUCAACCGGAGCAGUCACUUCCACUGGAUGCGUCGACGCAAUUGUCGAACAUCUCUGCCGCUCUCCCCACCACCUCCCUCCGCCGCAAAUUCGCUGCAUACCUCGCUCUGACGAAGCCUCGACUCUCCUUCCUGGUCGUUCUUACCACAACAUCUGCAUACGGAAUGUACCCCAUUUCGUCGUUGCUUGCCCUCGACCCGGCCAUGACCCCUCUCCCAACGCUCUCGACCUCAACCUUGACAUUGAUCUACUUGACCGUGGGCACAUUCCUCUCAUGCUGCAGUGCCAAUACCCUGAACAUGAUGGCUGAGCCGAAGUAUGAUGCAUUGAUGUCUCGGACACGGAAUCGCCCACUUGUUCGCGGGCUGGUCUCGCACCGUGGUGCUAUGCUAUUUGCUAUUGGUACCGCGGUCAUCGGUCUUGGUCUUCUGUACGUCGGAACAAACCCCACAACAACAGCCUUGUCUGCGGCAAAUAUCGCCCUGUAUGCAUUCGUGUACACGCCAUUGAAACGCAUUCAUGUGAUCAAUACGUGGAUCGGAGCAAUUGUCGGUGGCAUCCCACCGCUGAUGGGCUGGAUUGCUGCGCAAAACCAGGUCGCUACAACAGGGCAUGACACCUGGCGUGACAUGCUGUUUAGCGAAGAAAGUAUCGGUGGAUGGUUGCUUGGUGGUAUCUUGUUUGCCUGGCAGUUCCCUCAUUUCAACGCCCUGUCUCACCUCAUUCGCGACGAAUACAAGGGGGCAGGCUACAGAAUGCUUGCCUGGGUUAAUCCGGCUAUGAAUACUCGUGUUGCAUUGCGGUAUUCUGUGCUGAUGUUCCCCAUGUCCAUCGGUCUUUGGUGGGUCGGUGUUGUCGGUCACGGCUUCUUGGUUGGAAGCACUGUGGCCAAUUGCUGGCUCGUUCGUGAAGCUUAUCGAUUCUGGCAACAUCAAGGUGCGCAGGGCACCGCCCGUGGUCUCUUCUGGGCUAGUAUCUGGCAAUUGCCUAUUCUACUUGUUGGUGGACUAGUCACAAAGAAGGGCUUGUGGGAUGGUGUCUGGCGAAAUAUCUUUGGACAGCCAGAAGAGGAAGACGACGAGGAAUAUCUGUAUUAUGAAGAUGAGGAGGAAGAUCUUGGAACUAGUUCUAAGUCACAAGAUGUUUCUGUCCCAUCAGUGAAGCGGAGCAACGCUUUGUCUACUGCAUGA